CGGAAGUUUGCACAAAUGACAUUAAGAAGAUUUGGUGUUGGGCAAAAGUCUUUGGAAGCACAAAUUCUUGAGAAAAUUAAAGAUCUUCAAGAUGCAUUCAAACGAGAAAAGGCUAUAUAAUUCAUUUCCAAAAUUAGUGAGACAUCUGCCAGGCCCACAUAAUGAUCUAUUUGCCUCAAUGAAAAGUUUAGAGGACCUUUUCCAAAAGAACAUCAAGCAGCACCAGGAGAGUUUGAACCCAACAGAACAAAGGGAUUUCAUUGACUGCUUCCUUUUACAAAUGCAAAAGGCUGCUCCUAACUCUAGUUUUGAUGACCAAAAUCUGCUGUAUACAUCAUUGGAUCUUUUCUUUGCUGGAUCUGAGACGACAGCUACCACAUUACUUUGGGCACUGCUGUACAUGGCAGGGUAUCCAGACAUUCAAGAGAAAGUCCAUGAUGAGAUUGUGAGUGUAAUUGGCCAGCAAGAUCCUGUGAUGGAUGAUCGAAUCAAUCUUCCUUACACCAAUGCAGUUGUUCAUGAAAUACAGCGAAAAGGCAUCUUAGUCCCAUUUACUCUUCACAGGGAAACUACUCGAGAUACAACAGUGGGAAAAUACUUCAUACCAAAGGGCACACAAGUAACUGCAAACCUCUACUCAGUGUUGAUGGACAAAUCAGAAUGGGAAACACCUGAGGAAUUUAAUCCUGAACACUUCCCGGACAAAAAUUGGAAAUUUGUGAGAAAAGAAGCAUUUUUCCCUUUCUCUGGAGGAAAACGCAACUGCAUGGAAGAACCACUGGCUAGAAUGCAAUUGUUCCUUUUCUUCACUUCUUUAAUGCAGAAGUUCAAAUUUGUUUUUCCUGUGGGUGUCAAGCCAAGUUUUGAUGCUGUAAUGCAUCUAUUACGUAGCCCUCAGCCAUACAAGAUAUGCGCAGUUCCACGCUGAACCAAGGGAGCAGUAGUAUCUAUUGUAUGACACAAUACCUUGGCUCCUUGGACCAGCUUUCUAUCUCUCCUCUUUGCAACUCUGAAUCCUCUUUAACUCAAGAUCACUAAGAAAUCUCCCCUUUAAAAUCAAUGUUUCAAUAAAUGUGUUAUGCUGUGGAAACAUGAGGAAAGGAAGCAUUCAUUUGUAAAGAAGAUCAGAACAUUCUCUCGAUUUAAUACUUCUGAAGUAACUAAGUAUUUCUUUCUGGGUCAGCUCUUCCUGCUAAUCAAGGCUAAGAACAACCAUCUAACUUCUCUUUAGUCUCUCCCCCACAUCUUUCCAUCCAACAACUGUUCAUUGACAGCAUCAUCUGAAGGCAUAAGCCAGUUUUUGCGUAGAAGCCCAUGACACAUUACAAUAUCUCUUUCUUUUUAAAUCUUUUUAUUAAAUUAGUACACAAAAGGUAAACCAUAUAGGCGCUGAUACACAGUUGCAAUAUAACUUUACAAGAAAUAUUAAUACACAAAAAAGUUAGUACAAGCAGUGCAGUUUA